AUGGAAGAUUUCAAUUUGUUGGCUGCGGACGGAAUUGUCGUUUGUUGUUGUUGUUGUUGUCCUUGUUUGAUUUUACAGUUUAUCGUUUUCGUCUUGCUUAGACUACCUAAGAAACUGGUUAAGAAGUCUAGAAGGCUUGUUCGCAAGAGAUGCAAGAAAAAAAAUAAGAAGAAGAAUGAGAAGAAGAUUAUGGUGAUUGAAAAUGAUCGAUUUUCCGAAGAAAAGGAUGGAAUUCCCAGAAUUGCUUCAAACAGUUACAAUGACUGUGGAUGGGUUAUGCAGGAAGUUGAGAAGGUUUUAACCGAGUUCUCUCAGCAAGGAGAGUUCGCAUUUGGAAGCUUUUGGGGUCAAAGAGACGACUCAAGAAGAUUGCAACCAGAUUUGGAGAGAAUGGAAUUUACAGAGGUUGUACAAUAUUGCAAUUUGGUGGAAAUGAUAAAAUCAUUUGAACAUACAUGAUCUCUUCUUUAUUCUUAAAUAUUAGUAAUAAUUAGUAAUCAUGUAGUAUGAAAAACCAAAUUCAUAGGAAAACUCGAAAAGGAGUCUAUUUUAGUUUCUAUUCAGGGAGAUUUGGUUUAUGCUAAAA